GUGGGGAGACCAGAUUGCGGGAAGGCUGGCCCCAACCACCAGGCUCGCUCAGCGUGGGGACUGGCGGCGGAACCGCGCGAAGGCGGAACUUUGGACGGGUGGAACUGCGGUCUUGCGGACCGUCGGGAGUGAAACACCCCCCGGCCCGGAAGGACCUGACGCGAGCUGGGACCUCGGCAGCCAUCGCGCUUUGCCGUUCGAACUAGGAGGGUGUGGAAUCGACGCCAAGCGAGGAAUUGCGAUCUGUCUAGUAGCAGACUCUAUAAGGAUUUGGAUAUGUCCUUCAUAUUUGACUGGAUUUACAGUGGUUUCAGCAGUGUGCUACAGUUUUUAGGAUUAUAUAAGAAAACUGGUAAAUUGGUAUUUCUUGGAUUGGAUAAUGCAGGAAAAACAACAUUGCUACACAUGCUAAAAGAUGACAGACUUGGACAGCAUGUCCCGACGUUACAUCCCACUUCAGAAGAACUAACCAUUGCUGGCAUGACCUUUACAACUUUUGAUCUGGGUGGACAUGUUCAAGCUCGAAGAGUGUGGAAAAACUACCUUCCUGCUAUCAAUGGCAUUGUAUUUCUGGUGGAUUGUGCAGACCAUGAAAGGCUGUUAGAAUCAAAAGAAGAACUUGAUUCACUGAUGACAGAUGAAACCAUUGCUAAUGUGCCUAUAUUGAUUCUUGGGAAUAAGAUUGACAGACCUGAAGCCAUCAGUGAAGAGAGGUUGCGAGAGAUGUUUGGUUUAUAUGGUCAGACAACAGGAAAGGGCAGCGUAUCACUGAAAGAACUGAAUGCCCGACCCUUAGAAGUUUUCAUGUGCAGCGUGCUGAAAAGGCAAGGUUACGGUGAAGGUUUCCGCUGGAUGGCACAGUACAUUGAUUAACAACAACCUGCAUCAGUUCCAGGUCUCACCAUUCAGGCCUACUCAGAGAUUUGAUCACUCAACAUGCAUAACUUGAAUUCAAUAGACUUUUGUUGGUUAGAAAACAGAUGUUUUUUAGAUUAAUAUUAUAUUAUAUCAACUUAAUUGGAGUGCAAAUUUAAAACUAAUUCAAUGUAAGUUUGAAUAUCACAAUGUUAGCUUUCUAAUUCCAUAAAAAUAAUUAGUUUUUACAGUUUAUAAUCUGACAUUACCCCCAGCGCCAUUUGUAAAGAACAACUUUCCAGCAGUACAUUUGAAGCACUUUUUAACAACGUGAAAUUACAAAUGUAAACCAUAUUUAAAAGCUCAUCAUGUUAAAUUUUUAUGUACUAUUUUGGAACUAGUUUUUAAAUUUUAGAUUAUAUGCCCACCUAUCUUAAGUGUACAGUUAAUAAUUAGCUUAUUGAUGAUUGCAUGAUGCCUUACAGUUUUCAAUAUUUUUUCUUAUGCAAACGUCAUGCAAUAAAACAAACCCUAAUGUUUGGCA